CACGGUUAGUGAUUGAUUUUCACGAUCGUGAUCUCCUUACGUGUGCGGUUUCGCAGGGUUUCGUAGGGUCGUUGGAUUUUCUUUGCGGUGGAAGAAUCUUCGCUCGGUAUAUGUGUUGGUAUAUCGAGAGUAAUAAUAACAUCGAUUUAAUGCCAAUAAAAAAAAGAUCGAACGCAUUUGUGCGGCAUGACGGGUGGUUUCGUCGAUCGGACAAGUGAAGUUGCUCUGAGGUCAAUCGGAAGCAUGCCGUGUGCGGAUAUCUCUUUCUAUUAUUAUGUUUGAUAUUAUUUCGUGAAUUUGAAAAUGUUCGACGUAUCUGUUAACCCUAGGCUGGUCAUAAUCGUAGCGUUUUAUAAUGUAUUUAUAGAGUGUUGAGAUUUUCAAUUUGGAAGAAGGAAAAACGUUUUUAAUUUUAGCGGAACGAAAAAAAAAACUACGGAUAAAGAUAUUAAAUCAGCGUAUGAGUGGGACUGGCUCUAAAAGUACCUCUAAUGUGCGGUGUGUGACUCGUUUGCGUGGGUACACAGUGGCAGAUGCUGCAUCAGAGUGAAGUGAAAAAGAAACAUACAUGUUUGUGGAAACAUCACACAACCCGGCGCGUGCGUUUGCGAUCAAGAUUUACUAGAACCUGCGAACAGUGAAUAGAAACAGAAAGCAAAAAAAUCACGAAAAAGGUGGACGUCUUCCGUUUGAGAGAAGAAUAUAGUAAAUAAAAGUGCGUGAGUGUGAGCAAGUGUUGAUCUGAACCUAAUGCAGCUGGCAGCACGAGCGCCUAGGUCCAAUUUGGCCAGCUGUAGCCAAGAACCAGCGGUAGCCGUUAUUAGCCAGCAAGUGCGUCGGAGUUCCAAUGGAUUUACGGCCAUUGAUGUAGAACCGGAUGACUCGUCGCCACUGCCGCGACAGGCUGUAUCGGUCUUGGUGAGCAACGUGCUGAAUUCCAACGGAAGCAAUGAUGGCGGCAGGGAGCACAAUAACGAAUGCCGACGAAGGAGACCCGCGGUUUCUCAUCUUCAGCAGCGAAAUCCGCCGCAAAAACAGAACGCUAAGAGCUCUUGCCUUAGGGAUUGCCUGCUGUGCAAAUGCUGUAACAAAGGGAUGGAGGAGUCGACCGACGCGGCAGAUACCGAUGAAGAUGGUUUCGAAAAUUGUGAACUCGAGGAAAUCGUGGCCCCACCAAAGUACCGGCCGGAAUCCAUUGCGGCGCUGUGUGCCGCAACACGGUUCACCGAGUCGGAAAUCAAACGAAUCUACCGAGGCUUCAAGGCGGAGUGUCCGGCUGGUAUCAUCCGGGAGGAAACGUUCAAAUUUAUCUAUUCGCAGUUCUUCCCCCAGGGAGCUAAUACAGGUUUAUAUGCCCAUUAUGUGUUCAACACCCUAGAUAAGGACCAUACAGGAAUUCUCAGCUUUGAGAAUUUUGUGCAAGGUCUAUCGAUUCUGUCCAGAGGAACGUUGGAGGAAAAACUUUGCUGGACUUUUUCACUGUAUGAUAUCAAUCACGACGGGAAGAUCACCCGAGAGGAAAUGACUGACAUUGUGACUGCCAUCUAUGAUUUGAUGGGCGAACGGGAGGAUGGUGGAACCGAUGAGGUGCAAAUUAAGAAUAAGGUUGAAAACAUCUUCCAGAAAAUGGACUCGAACCGAGAUGGAGUGAUAACGAUAGAGGAAUUUCUAGACUGUUGCCGGAAGGACAAGCUCAUCUCGGAUUCGAUGAGUGUGUUCGACUCGACCAUAUGACCUUUGGAGAAACUACACUCGCUUCCGGCGUAUGUUGUAGACCAAAAUUGUAAUGCAGAUACCACCGAGAGUAUAAACGGCUACAGUCAGCAGACUGAUUUCUAUAAGUCGGAGACAUCCAACGGACCAAGGACAGAGGAAACCCAAAAGACUGCCACCGUUCCCAGAUCACAAUCGUUUGGUAGCAACCAGCUAAGCAAGUCCGCCCGUGCAAGCAACAACCGUAAGCAAUCGAUCUUGAUGAAUGGAAAAGCGAAGCAGAAGUCCAGCAGCAUCCGCUAUCAUCAUCACCACCAGCUCAAACAUUAUCACAUUCCUUUCGAUACGUAUCAACAGCAAUCGACUCGUCCCACGCACUGUCCAAUAAGAAAAACCUACCCGUCCGGGUACUCAGAGUACCCACAGCAAAUAACCGGAGGGAUUGCCACCAUCACUCCACUCGCUACAGGCCAAUAUCAACCGGUGGAGCUUAGCUGCCACCAACAACCAGAACUUCCAACUCUAGUCAAGGUAAAAGCAUGGUACACGGUCUCCAAGCAAGGCAUGACGUAUUAAGAGGAAGAAUAUCAAUUUCUUUGGAACGACUAGAUCUUUUUGCAACACUAGCUUUAAAAUGAACGUAACAAUUGAAACUUUUCGAAAAUGUUGAACAUUGGAGUAGUUUAUACUAUUAGAUGGAUCUGUAUCUUCAAUUCAAUUACUUAGAAACUUUAUAGAAAGUUAUACACGUUAUACGUGAAUGUUUGACUAGUAUAAAUUGUUGUCACAUUUGAUAAUUUAUUAGGAAAUAAUGCAAAACGAACAAAUUUCUCAUUCACAUUUCAAAGCUUACGUAUUACGUAUGUGUUUGUUUGAUUUCACGUUAAUGUUGAGAGCUUUUAUUUAAUUAUGUAACAUAGAAAAUUUUAAUCUUCUAGAAAUUGAUUAUCUAGUUUCUAAAUGAUUGAAUUCAACAUCUUUUAUUAAUAUUAAGUAGGGCGAACAAAAAAAAUAUAAUAGAAAAGAAUUCUGAUUACGGUUAGAGUUUCUAUAGCUAUGAUGGUGGUUGACACCCUUUUGGAUAUCUCUGAAGUUCAAUGGCAGAAAGGUAUACAUCAGUUUCGAAUGUUAAUCACG